AUGGAGGCGGAGGUCGAUAAGCUGGAACUGAUGUUCCAGAAAGCUGAUUCUGAUCUGGAUUACAUUCAGUACAGGCUGGAAUAUGAAAUCAAAGCUAAUCACCCUGAUUCAGCAGGCAAGAAAAAUCCAGUUACACUUUUAAAGGAAUUAACAGCCUUAAAGUCUCGAUAUCAGACCUUGUAUGCACGUUUUAAACCAGUUGUUGUUGAGCAGAAAGAGACUAAGAACCGCAUUUGUGCUACUUUGAAUAAGACUAUGACCAUGGUACAAGAGUUACAAAAGCAUACAGACCUGGAGUUGUCACCACUGACCGAAGAAGAGAAAGCUGUGACAGAGCAAUUAAAAUCUCACGUGCCAGAUAUAUGAUGAAAUGAAAUUUAAAAAGAGAACUCUAGAAGAGAUAAUUCUACAGCAAGAUGAUGACUGGAGGUGGGGCAUUUGUAAAAGAGUAGAAGUUUGGCUUGAGUAACCGGAAGAUUUCAUAAUAAGAGGAGAGUAUAAGAAAGGCAGCUGUCCUAGGAAUGAAUUUCAACCAAAAC